AGGGAUAACAUCGGGUAGGACAACUCUAGAACUAUAAAAACAUCUUGUGAAAUCUUCCUGCAAAAUGCCCUGUGCUAUCACACGCCAAGCCAAAUGCUGGUACGGCAAGGCCUGCGGGUGCCAUACGAAUCGUGUUUCAAAAUAAGUGAAAGACUUUCACUGGGUGUAGUGUGCACGUGACACGAGUGUGUGGCCUCUAUUUU